UAUAAUCUUAGUAGAUAUGGAAUCACAAAGAAAUUUGCUAAUUGAGACCGACCAACUUGCUGAACUGAUCGAGAGCAAUCCAGACAACCUCAAACUUGUCUGUGGCACCUGGAACAAAGAUCCUGAUGCUGUCGAUGCUAAGGAACAGUUUAAUGAAGCUCAUAUUGAAGGUAGCGUUUACUUUAGCCAUGCUGAAGUAGCUGAUCCGUCAGCAGAGUUCCGCUCUACUUGGCCAUCCACCGAGUUUUUCAUCAGUGAAAUGAAAAGGCUUGGAAUCAAGAAAAAUCAUACUAUCGUCCUCUACGAUCACGAAAAUAUCUUUUCUGUGUGUAGACCAUCCUACAUGCUUAGGUCUUUUGGAGCAAAAGAUGUGCGUGUUUUGAACGGAUGUCUCAAAAAGUGGAUUAGUGAAGGAAGAAAAGUAACAACAGGAUACCCACAAGACAUAAAUGACACUUCAGAUGAAGGAUACGAUUAUGAGUUAGAUCAUGACGCUUGCACUUGUUACGACUCUACCUUCGAAAAGGUUGCAGCUGCUGAAAAAGGAGAAACUGACCAAUACGAAUUCGUUGAUGUCAGAGAUUCAAAAAGAUUUAGAGAAGGUCACCCUCAUGGCUUCAAAAAUCAAUGCUACCAAUGUCUUCUGACAGAAGACAAUUCAGCUUUUAAAUCCAAGGAAGAGAUAUCCAAGCAAAUGGAGGAAGAUGGCGUAGAUACUAGAAAGCAUAUCGUAUUCUCCUGUGGGUCAGGAGUCACUGCCUGCAUCAGUGAGUUAGCUGCAGAAGUUGUUGGCGUCGAAAAGACAUCAGUGUACGAUGGAUCCUACACAGAAUACUCCAAAAGAGGCAAGCCUGAUUUCCUCUAAAAAGGAGUUAUACGUAAAAUGAACUUUGCUUAAUAUCCUUGCC